CACCUUCCGAACAGAAUGUCAGGUAUUGCCAUAGCUCGUUUGGCCGAGGAAAGAAAAGGAUGGAGAAAAGACCACCCAUUUGGAUUUGUGGCACGGCCAGCAAAAAAUGCAGAUGGUUCACUUAAUUUGAUGAACUGGGAAUGUGCCAAUUCCUGGCAAAAAGGGGGUGAGUAUACACCACCUGGGAAUGGUGGAUCAUAUAAAUUGAGGAUGAUCUUUAAGGAUGAUUACCCCUCAAGUCCACCAAAAUGUAAAUUUGAACCACCUCUCUUUCAUCCUAACGUGUAUCCUUCAGGAACUGUUUGUUUAUCGUUGCUGGACGAAGAAAAGGAUUGGCGUCCUGCGAUAACCAUCAAACAGAUCCUUCUUGGUAUCCAAGAUUUGCUCAAUGAGCCCAACAUUAAGGACCCUGCCCAGGCCGAAGCUUAUACUAUAUACUGCCAAAACCGUCUGGAGUACGAGAAGAGAGUCAGAGCACAAGCGCGCGCGAUGGCACCUCAAGAAUAGUGACCAUCACUCGGCACUGAACAUUACGAACUGAGUGAAUGAACUCAUUUGUGUUGUGUUGUCAGGGCUAUGUGAAAUAUAUUAAUAAAUUAUUAAUGUCUCUAAAAGAAACUUUGUUUAAAAUUUUAAAAAAGAAAAUAAUUUAUUUGUUGAUUUUUAUCCGAAGGUUAAACCACGUGAAGUCACGAAGUAUACCUCUAGCCUAUUUUUGAAUUUAUAUUGAGUAAUUAAUGUAUGUAUGUAAGUUUUAACUUGGCAACAGACUUAAGGUGAUUUGUUCGAAGUUUUAGCUUAAGUUUUCUAUCGAUACUUCUUCAAUAAAAUGUAUUCCUUUUGUAGUAAA